UUAUUUCUUUCACCUCUUUAUCGGUCAAAGACGAGGCAACUUUUAAAUCCACAAAAUUCCUCCCUUAUGUUGCCAAAAAGAGGACAAUCUGAACCAGUGUGACAUGCUGACAUCUCGGUGAACGCAUUAAUUCAACAUGGACCAGCAGCGAGUCCUGUUACUUUGUGUGGCUUUGUCAUGGAGGAUACAAACCGGGUCCACUCAGGCACACGACGAGGUGUGUCCUGGUACGCAGAACGGUCUGAGCUCCACUGGUUCUCAGGAGAAUCAGUACAACCUGAUAAAGGACCGGUACGGCGGCUGCGAGAUCGUCAUGGGGAACCUGGAGAUCACUCAGAUUGAGAGUAACUGGGACUUCUCCUUCCUCAAGACAAUCCGCGAGGUGACCGGUUACGUCCUCAUCGCUAUGAACCACUUUCAGGAGAUUCCCUUGGGACAACUGCGGGUGAUCAGAGGAAACAGUCUGUAUGAAGGACGCUUCGCACUGUCGGUCUUAUUCAACUAUCCCAAAGAAGGCUCCAACGGCCUGCGACAGCUUGGACUCCAGAAUCUGACGGAGAUUCUCGAGGGUGGAGUGCGGAUUAUUAACAACAAAUACCUGAGUUAUGGCCCCUGGAUCUACUGGCAAGACAUUGUUCGGGACAACAGCGCUCCUAUUGACAUCCAUUACAAUGGAGAAAGAGGCCCGUGUCACAAAUCUUGUGGUGAUUACUGCUGGGGACCAAACAAGGAGCAGUGUCAGAUCUUGACUAAGAUGGUUUGCGCUCCACAGUGCAAUGGACGCUGCUUUGGGAGAAGCCCUAGGGACUGCUGCCACAUAGAGUGUGCAGCAGGAUGCAAAGGCCCUCUGGAUGAGGAUUGUUUUGCAUGCCGUCACUUCAAUGAUUCAGGAGCCUGUGUGCCUCAGUGUCCCCAGACCCUCAUUUACAACAAACAGACAUUUCAAAUGGAGACCAAUCCCAAUGCAAAGUACCAAUAUGGAUCAAUCUGUGUGUCUCAGUGUCCCACUCAUUUUGUGGUGGACGGCAGCUCCUGCGUGAGCGUUUGUCCUCCAGACAAGAUGGAGAUGCCGAGAGAGGGCCAGAGGCAGUGUGAGAUCUGCAGCGGAAUCUGCCCGAAAGUGUGCGAAGGCACCGGCCCCGAACACAGACAGACGGUGGACUCCAGCAACAUUGACAGCUUCAUUAAUUGCACCAAGAUCAAGGGCAGCCUUCACUUCCUGGUCACAGGGAUUCUUGGAGAUGAUUUUAAAAACAUCCCGCCACUCGAUGCCAAAAAGUUGGAGGUGUUUCAUACCGUAAGAGAAAUAACAGGUAUUCUUAACAUCCAGUCGUGGCCCAAAGAGCUAAACGACCUCUCAGUUUUUUCAAGCCUCACGACGAUUCAAGGGAGGCCUCUCCACAAGCGGUUCUCUCUGAUGGUGAUGCACAUCCCCACUCUAACCUCUCUGGGGUUGCGCUCUCUCCGGUAUAUCAACGACGGCAGCGUGUACAUCAGUCAGAACGCCAACCUCUGUUACCACCACACCGUGAACUGGACGCAGCUGUUCCAAGGCACCCGGGUUCGAGUCAACAACCUCAACAACAACAAGCCGCUUGCAGAGUGUGUUGCAGGAGGACACGUCUGCGAUCCUCUGUGCUCAGACUCGGGCUGCUGGGGCCCCGGCCCUGACCAGUGUCUCACCUGUAGCAACUACAGCCGCCAUGGCACAUGCGUGGGAAGCUGUAACUUUUUAUCUGGGUUCCCAAGAGAAUUUGCAGGAUCUGACAGAGAGUGUGUCGCUUGUCAUCCAGAGUGCAAGCCUCAGAAGGGGAGAAUCAGCUGUACAGGAGCGGGGGCAGAUGGAUGCACGGCUUGCGCCAAUCUUCAAGACGGUCCCUACUGCAUGUCUUCUUGUCCCUCUGGAGUAAACGACGGGCACAGAGGGUUGAUUUUCAAAUACCCCAACAGAGAGGGUUACUGUGAACCCUGCCACCCCAACUGCACACAGGGAUGCCUCGGCCCAGAAUUAAACGACUGUUUAGAGAGAGCAAGGAAGCCAGUCAGUAGUGGACAGAUCACAGGUAUAGCUUUGGUGGUUCCGGCUUGUUUGGUCUUCUGCUUCGGCUUGUUCUUCCUGGGAGUGCUGUACCACCGAGGCCUCGCCAUCCGUCGCAAGAGAGCCAUGAGAAGAUACCUGGAGAGCGAGGAGAGCUUUGAGCCCCUGGGUCCUGGAGAGAAAGGCACCAAGGUGCACGCUCGUAUUCUGAGGCCUUCUGAGCUGAAAAAGAUUAAGCUCCUUGGCUACGGCGUUUUCGGUACGGUGCACAAGGGCUUUUGGACACCAGAGAGAGAGACGGUCAAGAUCCCUGUAGCGAUAAAGACGAUCCAUGACAGCUCGGGUCGACAAACGUUCACGGAGAUCACCGAUCAUAUGCUAUCCAUGGGCGGCCUGGACCACCCCUACAUCGUUAGGCUGCUGGGAAUCUGUCCUGGUCCCAGUCUCCAGCUGGUGACCCAGCUCAGUUCUCGCGAGUCCAUGCUGGAGCACAUCAGACAGAACCGAAACAGCCUGGACCCCCAGCGCCUGCUCAACUGGUGCGUGCAGAUCGCGAAGGGUAUGUUCUACCUGGAGGAACACUGCAUGGUCCACAGGAAUCUGGCUGCCCGUAACGUCCUGCUGAAGAACGACUACCAGGUCCAGAUCUCGGACUACGGCGUGGCCGACCUGCUUUAUCCAGACGACAAGAAAUACGUCUACACAGACACCAAGACACCUAUUAAGUGGAUGGCACUUGAGAGCAUCUUGUUUCGAAGAUACACUCAUCAAAGCGAUGUUUGGAGUUACGGAGUGACAGUGUGGGAGAUGAUGUCCUUUGGGGCAGAGCCGUACAGGUCUGUGCAGCCUCAGGAAGUGCCGAGCCUCCUGGAGAAAGGCGAGCGUCUGUCACAGCCCCACAUCUGCACCAUCGAUGUCUACAUGGUCAUGGUUAAAUGCUGGAUGAUUGACGAGAACGUGAGGCCGACAUUCAAAGAACUAGCAAGCGAUUUUACUCGAAUGGCAAGAGAUCCGCACAGAUACCUCGUCAUCAAGGAGGGGGAAGACGCCCCUACCGGAGAGAUCCAUCGGAGAGAGUCGGAGCGAGGGCUUCUGGAUGCAGAUUUGGAAGACCCGGAUGACGAGGGACUGGACGACGGCUUGACUACGCCUCCUCUCCAGCACUCUCCAUCGUGGAGUCUCUCUCGUUCAAGGAUAAAUUCCUGCAGGAGCGGUGCGCCUCACGCUGGGCUGACUGGAUACCUGCCAAUGACUCCGAGUCCAGCAGACAGCAUUCGCCAGCUGUGGUUUCACAGGUCUCGACUGAGCAGUGUACGGACGUUGCCUGAAAGGUCAGAGGUCAGAGGAAAUGUCAGGGAGAGAGAGGGCUUACGGACCGGGAGCCUUCACCGGGCAAGGCUUGGCUCAGAGAGGAGCAUCCCUCACGUAGCUGUAAGUCAUCACAGGAAGCUUUCCACAGCUUCGAGUCCUUCCUCUUACAAGGUGUGGAUGGCGGAGGAGGAUGAGGAGGAGUUGGACCACUAUGGCUAUGUUCUGCCUGGCUCACCUGGAACACCAGAAAGAGCGUCCAGAAUCACUCGUUCUGGCAAAAGGAACUCAAAGAAGAAACAAAACCUGCUCGUUACAGCAGCAAAGCCCUCUCAGGAGUAUGAACUGAUGAGCACCGAAUCUGGUGUCCCUCCCUGUGCAGCUUGCAGCGUCUCAUCACAUGGAGUUGAGGCCACGGCUACACUUUGCAAGAAAGUCGUACCUCUAACUUCUUCGGCCGUCACGGAGUUGCCACACGACGAAACCCAGCCCUCGGGUGUAAAAAGCAAUCAAAUACAUGAGGCUUGUGAAGGAGCAGCACCAAGGCAAAGGGACGCAAUGCCGAUCGAAUCUGUAGAUCGUGAAACGGAGCUGUGCCGAGGCACUUGUAAGUAUGAAUAUAUGGACAUCAGGCACUCUGACUCUUCAGAAGGAGGUGAGCCAGAAUUGGAGAGCAGUGGCGCUCAAACGUCUUCACAGUCUGGAGGAGAGACAGACCAACAGGCCGGGGGUUCGGGAAAAGAGCAAAAGGGAGAAGGGGAAACGGAAACUUGCCACACGAAUGAACAAGCCGCAACUCAGGAGGAUCUCAGCGACAGGGUUGUGUCCGCGCCAGAUGUCCUGACAGCUGUAGACGGCAAGGUGGAGGAGUACGAGGAGAUGAACGAAUCUGCAGAAAGCCCCGGCGAGUGGGGGCACGCAGAAUAUGAGAACCUCCCACCAAAGGCGAGGGCUGUUCCCGAGGAGAAGGACAGCGGCAGGCGUGCGGGGAUCGGGGAAUACAUCAAGGUGUGCGCUGGCAUCGGGGAGCCGGGCAGCGACACGUCUUUUGAUAACCCAGACUACUGGCACAGCCGGCUGUUCCUCAAACCAGAUGCUGUGCGUACAUAAUCAGUUGGACUGGGACAGCGAAACGGGAACAAGAUGCUGACUUAUUUGGUAGCUUUCUUGGAUUCUUUCUACAUUUUAAUUUGGUUUUAUUUUUACAUAAGAACAAAGUAUUUUUUUUACUUCACUGGUUUUUGCUGUAUGGAAUAAUUAAUGUAACCAAAUAUGAGUACCAGUAAACAGCCAUAAUUUGCUAAGUGUUUACAGACUUGUCAUCUUCAGUUAAAUGUUGUUGUUUUUUACUUUGCUUUUCUUCUAAGGGCUUAUUAUGUGUUAUAACUUGAAAACUCCCUCUGUACUUUAUAUUUACGGGGUUUUUAUCGUUUGAUUUCAUGCCUUUGAAAAUACUGUAUCUAAUCGUUUGUAUCACAAGUGUGUGUAAUGUAAAUGUUUUUACUGUUUUCAUGUAAGUUGGAAAAAAAUAAAAAUGAUCAUUUUGUAUGAGAAUGUUCA